AUGGGGCCCCGACCGCUGCUCCUGCUGCUCUCGGGGGCCCUGGCGGUGACCGCGACCUGGGCCGGACCCCACACCCUGAGAUAUUUCCACACUGCCUUGAUCGGCCCUGGCCCCGGGAAGCACCGGUACAUCGGCGUCGGCUACGUGGACGACACGGAGGUCGUGCGGUUCGACAGUGAUGCCGCGAUGCCCAGGCUAGAGCCGCGGGUCCCGAGGAUGGAGCAGCAGUGGAUGGAACAGGAGGAUCCAGAUUUUUGGGAGGAGCAGACGCGGGAAAUCAAGCACAACGAGCAGACCUCCCGAGCGACCCUGAACAAGCUGCGCGCCCACUACAACCAGAGCGAGGACGGGUCUCACACCUUCCAGGAAAUGACCGGCUGCGUCCUGGGGUCGGACGGGCGCUUCCUCGGCGGAUACAGUUACUUCGCCUACGACGGCACCGACUACGUCGCCCUGAACGAGGACCUGCGCUCCUGGACCGCGGCCGACAGGAGUAUCAACUGGCGCGACUUAGUGCAGGUCCCUGAUGCGGAAAUGAGGAGGGUCUUCCUGGAGGACACGUGCGUGCGCCGGCUCCGCCUGUUCCUAGAGAAGGGGAAGAAGACGCUGCUCCGAGCAGACCUUCCUAAGACACACGUGACCCGCCACCCCACCUCUGACCGUGAGGUCACCCUGAGGUGCUGGGCCCGGGGCUUCUACCCCGCGGACAUCACCCUGACCUGGCAGCGUGACGGGGAGGACCUGCCCCAGGACACGGAGACUGUGGACACCAGGCCUGCGGGGGACGGGACCUUCCAGACGUGGGCGGCCGUGGCCGUGCCCCCUGGACAGGAGCAGAGCUACACGUGCCGCGUGGGGCACGCGGGGCUGCCCGAGCCCCUGACCCUGCGAUGGGACCCCCCUCCUCGGACCACCGUCCCCAUUGUGGACAUCGCUGCUGCUGCCCUGGGUCUCCUUGUUGCUGCGGUCGCUGUGGCUGUGACGUGGAGGAGGAAGCGCUCAGGCAGAGGCGGGGAGAGCCGCGCUCAGGCUGCCUGUCAGUCUGGGUGUUGGAAGGGGACGCCUGGGACCCUGGGGAGCGUGUGGGCGGGAGUCUAG